AUGGUGUUCCGUGGAGUGCCAUCGAAAGCCUGUCAACGAUGUAGAGAUCGGAGGCUAAAAUGUGAUCUGCGCAAGGAUUCCUGUAGCUCAUGUCUCCGAGCCAUAAUCCCUUGUUCGGGAUACCGGGAUACACGAGAACUUCGCAUUGCGGAUGAAAGCAAGGCCAUUCAGAAGAAAGUAAUUGCGGGAAUAUCGCCUCCAUCUGGACAAGACCUAUUUUGGCUCCCCCUUUCGCUCGAGGCCCAGGCAAGAGAUGCUUUUUUUGUGCACUAUGUGGCUGGUACCACAACCACCUGGGACUUUCUCAAGCUCUACUACCCGACGAGUCCGUCAGACCAUUUAGCGUUAAGUAUUGAUGCCGCAAGUCUUGCAUAUCUAUCACAUGAGAUGCACUCUGAGGCAGCAUCAGCAAUUGCGAAGGAGAAGUACGUCUCGGCCCUGCGCACCACGAGCAAGGCCGUUCAAUCCCCGGGCCUUGUUGCAGAAGAACCAACGCUACUCGCAUCUCUCGUACUAGAUCUUUUCGAGAAGAUUACGAAUGCAGAUUCCAAACAUAACGGGGCUUGGAAAAGUCAUGUUAACGGUGCUCUUGCGCUUGUUAGACUCCGCGGUCUCGACCAAUUCCAAGACCCAUCUGCAGUGAAAGUUCUAGUUCGUCUGAGUACCAACUUCAUCAUUACUGCCAUCGCAAGUGGUGAUCCGGUACCAAAUGAGUUGGUCACCCUUCGUGCAUAUGCUGGUAAGCAGCUAUAUGCUGUGGAUCCGAAAUGGCACCUGACAGAUCUCAUGAUACAUUAUGCCAACUUGCGAGCAAACAUAUUGAGAAGAAUUAUAUCCGUCGACGAGUACGUCAGGGCGUCUUUAAAGCUCGACUCGAAGCUCCAAUCACUUAGCAAUGAAAUGCCGGAAUCCUGGUUAUACAAAACCACGAUCCUAGACCACGAUUCGGAGGGGGUUUAUGAGCGUCGCUUUGAUGCUUAUAUUGAUCGACAUGUAACGCAAACAUGGAACGUCCUUCGUUUGAUCAGGAUUCUCCUAAACCAAUCUGUGCUCCAGUAUUGUCUUUGUUCUACUCAAAGUUCUAUCACCAAAACCGUCCCGUUACUAAUACAAACCACGAGUGACAUUAUCAUUGCAAUGGCGAGAGAUAUUUGCGCCUCCGUGCCGCAAUACGUUAAGUGUAAAGGUACAUAUAUGUAUCGUGCUGGACAUCAAUCUUCGUCUCCCGUCCAAGAAGUCGCCCCAUCAUCAAAAGAAAGUAACAACACUCCUGGUAAUUCUUGUCACAUUAACUCUGCAUCUCGAUUAUUAGAUAUCUACACCCUGAUAUUCUCUCUCUACAUCGUCGGAGGUGCAAGUAGCUUGACCAGCUUCAUGAAACCCUGGGUUAUCACACAAUUGCAUUACAUUGGCGAGCAUUAUGGAAUCCGCAAUGCAGAGCUCGUGGCUCGGAUUUUGGAAGAGGCAAAAGAUAUCAAUCCUUGGAGCGUGUAUACUUUGCUUGGAAGCUAUGCUUUUGUGGCCUGA